GACCGGGGUUUUCCUUCGUGACGCGUUCAGAAGAAGCAAGCUGCGAACACUAAAUUACCAAGCUCCCGAAGCCACUGGGAGCCUUUCCUAUCUGAUUGUCACUAGCCGUCUAUAUCUCAGAUUCGGCGAAAAUUACGAAAAUUAUUGACUCGAGUCCUUGCCUUGGUCAUACCGACGAAGAGUUGAAUUGAGUUUUGGCGAAAAAAAGCGGACACUGCGCAUCGUACCUCCGUGAGUUGAUCUUUUUUUUUUACUUAGACGCUGGUUCUGGGGACGAUAUCUGAUCCACCCAGAGACGAGUGAAUGGAGAGCAUGCGAGACACACGCAGAGGACAAGAAACGAAGAGAGAGACGGAAAAAAGGACAAGAAAAGGAAUUCUGACGAGGGGCCGACACUAACAAGGAUUUGUCACAGUGUAAAUAACCUCACUAAGACGCUGCUUGUCAUUGUUUUAGAUACAUGCCUGCCAUAGGCUGACCACAACUGCCUCCAGUAAAAUCUCUUGUUUUGUAUUUUUAUGCUAAACGCUUUUUGAACACACUUGAUUGGUUGAUUCUGUCUUCUUUCACCAUUGUGCUUUUGAAACGAGACGUGUGAAGGAAGGGGAAUUUAUCUGUUUUACCUUCUCUUUUUGUGUUUCGUUUCAGCGUUUUUUUUGUGGUAAGAAAAGUGUUUCUUUUCUACUUUUUUUCCUUCUCGGAGAAAGACUUUCAGUGGCAUUGUUGCAUUUUUUUCAAAAAAAGAGGACAAACCCCCUUGUUUGCCUGUGUGUGUUUGUCAAGUUUCCUUCGUGAGGUAGUACUGUACUGAGACUACAGGAACGUCCACGGAAUUCUCCGUCGGGUUAAGAUGGGAUCUGAGAAGGACUCGGAGUCCCCCCCCACUUCUAUUAGCGGCGUACCCAACCCGAAGUGUCGGGCGCCGGUCAAGCGCCAAGGCCGCAUUUCCUUCCACAGCCUCUUCCACAGCAAACGGGGUUCCCGAGGAGCCAAAGCAGCAACUGCCACUCCUCUGACCCUCCAACACCACCACCAGCCUCAACAACAACAACAACAACAGCAGCAACAGCAGCUCAUCCCUCCAGCCCCUCACACUGCCCCUACCCCCCCAACCACAACAUCCCCAGCUCUCCAGGACCCAGCUGCCUCUGCCCCAGUGGAGCCCCUCUCCUCCAGCUAUCCAUCCCUGGCUGGGCCUCCCUCCACUGGGGAAGGCCUCCUGGAGUGUCCCCUGUGCCUGGUGCGCCAGCUCCCAGAGCAGCUGCCGGAGCUGCUGGGGUGCAGCCACCGCUCCUGCCUUGGCUGCCUGCGCCAGUACCUGCGCAUUGAGAUCACCGAGAGUCGCGUGCAGCUCAGCUGCCCAGAGUGCGCCGAGCGGCUGGUCCCUCGGCAGGUGGCGGACAUCUUGGAUGACGCGGCGCUCCUGGAAAAGUACGAGGAGUUCCUGCUGCGGCGCUGCCUCGCCUCUGACCCGGACUGCCGGUGGUGCCCUGCCCCCGACUGCGGGUUUGCUGUGAUUGCAUCUGGCUGUGCCAGCUGCCCGCGGCUGGUAUGCCGUAGGGAGGGUUGUGGGGCAGAGUUCUGCUACCACUGCAAGCAGGCUUGGCACCCCAACCAGACCUGCGACUCUGCCCGCCAGCAGAGGGCACUGUCCCUGCACACCCACAGCAAUCACUCACCCAGCUACACCCAGGAGCAGGGGCCUGCGGAUGACAUCAAGCCUUGUCCACGUUGCGGUGCUUACAUCAUCAAAAUGAACGAUGGCAGCUGCAAUCACAUGACCUGCGCGGUGUGUGGCUGUGAGUUCUGCUGGCUCUGCAUGAAGGAGAUCUCGGACCUGCACUACCUCAGUCCGUCAGGGUGUACCUUCUGGGGCAAGAAGCCGUGGAGCAGGAAGAAGAAGAUCCUGUGGCAGUUGGGUACGCUGAUUGGCGCCCCUGUGGGCAUCACGCUCAUCGCUGGCAUCGCCGUGCCCGCCAUGGUCAUAGGCAUUCCUGUCUAUGUAGGACGCAAGAUCCACGCUCAUUAUGAGGGAAAGAAGGCCUCUCGUCACCGUAGAAACCUGGCCAUCACCGGAGGAGUGGCCCUGUCAAUCAUCACUGCUCCAGUUAUAGCUGCCGUCAGUGUUGGGAUUGGCGUGCCCAUCAUGCUGGCCUAUGUGUACGGCGUGGUGCCCAUCUCGCUGUGCCGCGGGGGAGGUUGUGGAGUGAGCCGGGGCAAAGGCCGUGGCAUGAGGAUAGACUUUGAUGAGGACGAUGGGCCAAUCACAGUGGCAGAUGCUUGGCGGGCUCUAAAGUCCCCCAGCCUGGGGGAGAGCAGCACUGAAGGUGCGGCCAGCGGCCUCAGCACCACCUCCCCCAGUGAGGGCCUCUCAGUGGCUCCGGGGAGGCUGGGGGACACGCCACACUUCAACACUCUGGCCGGGGGAGCCCUAGGGUCCCGGACUUGCAAAUACAGCAGGCUGGAGGUCCAGGGAGGGGAGCUUGGGAAAGAGGCAGCCCAGAGAGAGACAGGCAGCCUGGGGGCCGGUAGUGACUGUGCCAGCACCAGGGGCAUGGCAGGAUCUAUCAUCUCCUCCUAUACACUACCUGACAGUUCUUCCAGGGAGUGCACCAACCUGGAGAUCCAGGUGGACAUUGAGACCAAACCCAGCCACAUCUGCCUGACCAGCGAGGAGGACCUCACCCCACCCCCUGGCACCCUGGCCACCGGCUCUGUGGGGGAGGAGCCUCAGGACUGCAGCUCCCGAAGGGGCGGAGCUCUGUCCGGCUCGAUGCUAGGAUUGUCACCGGGGGCAUCGCUCAGAGAGGGGCUUCACGAUGUCACUUUGGCCCAGCCAGAAAGCAUCCGAAGCGACCUGGAGAUGUCGGACACCCAAUCAGAUGACAUAGCCGAGCUGACGUCGGACGACUGUGAAUCCCCCCACCCCAAGAGCCGUCGGCUCCCCCACCAGCCCCAGCCCACCUGCAGAGCGCUCACCGGGGGGGACGGUCUCCACGCUCCCCCCGACAACGUCAUCCUUUAUGUCUGAGAGGCUCCCUGCUCUCAGAGAUUGCACAAACCCCCCAACGGUUUUGAUGUAUUCACUUUUCUUUUGAAUCGUUGACGUGAGCUUUUUGGUUGUUAUGUAUUUGCUGCUUUUUACAUUUGAUUUUCAAGACCUUGUACAUACAGACAGGACCUGUUCUACUUGUGUCUGUCUGUCUGUCAUCUAUCAACCUGUCAGUCGCCUGACUUGGGCCUAGUCAGGGUUCUACCUCUGAACAUUUAAUACAAUUUUUGUUUACUUCUUGGUGCAAAAAUGCCUUGGCUACUAAAGCAAAAAAGCAAAACAUGAGGUUCAUAUUUGCCACAAGAAAUAUUGCAACAAAAAAAAUGAAAGAAAGAUUUAAUUAAUAGAAAUGUAGCCAAGUACACCAGUGAGAGAAGGACUAUCUGGGUGAUGUGGUACUAAUGAGUGAGAAGCGUUUUUUUUUUACGUGUGGGUGCAGCUUUUCUUGGCUUGUUUCUGAUUUGUUUGUAUAGGAAUGACCAUAACAUUUUAUUUGCAGUGUGCAUGAGUCUGCAUGACCUGCGUUGUGUAUGGGGUAGGGGGGCUGUGAACAAGCACAGUGGGUACUUGUUACACUGGCAGUGUUAGGUUUGCACAGAUAUGUUAUUAUAACAAGCUAGAGGUAUUCUGCACUUAAACCACGCCUGCACAGAGAAGAGGGUUUUCAAGGUCAGUUGAAUAGUGAAACCAGCAGACAGUUUUCACAUAAAUGGCUGACUGCUUGCCUUAGUGUUGACACACUCACUGACAAACACGCACUGGCUUUCUGACACGCUGGCUGCCUGAGGGACCCUACUGAAUGUUGUGUGUGUGUGUGUGUGUGUGUGUAUGAGAGAGUGGAAGAAUGAGGGAGAGAUCGCCAGUCGUAAGGCGAGUAGUGAGAUGCACAAUUAAAACUCUUACCAGAGAGAGAGAGAGAGCAAGAAUGGAUUGACUCUUUGUCAAUGUAUUUGUCCCACUAAAGAGUGAAUCCAUGAAUGAGCACUUAUGCACUUUACCUCAGUAUUGAUCUAUUUUUGCUAUUCAUUACUAACUGCUGUCAUUUCUGGAGUGUCUUUGCAUACUUACUGCUUAACGAUCAUUCUUGUCUCUGGUGACGACACCAAAUGAGUUAUAUAAUAUAAAUGUUAUUGUUAAAAAUGAAUGUUGCAGCCCAGGUUUUGUUUGUUCUACAAAGUUAUCAACAAGGAUAACUGUUUAAAAGUAGUUUACUAUUUCACCCUUGUGCUUUGAUUACAGUUGGUUUCCUUGGUUAUAGGAUUUGUAUUAAUAGAAGAUUCAUUUCUUCAUUUCAGAAAAGCUUUAUAGGGUCUGCUGCUUGUGCAUUUGGCCAGGCACCAUUCAGUCUGGCCUGUGGAUGUGAAUUUGUUUAGUUUUUUGUUGCCCGUCUGUGAGAAGCCACAUGAAUGUACCACAGAUUGAGACUUCUUGAGUUUGAGAGAAGAUAGAUUAUCAUUUCUCCUAGGAACACAAAUACACAUGUUUAAUAUAUUUAUGAACAUAAUAGAUAGCAAUAUAAAAGUAUUACUGUAUAAUAUUUUAUCUCCUGGUCCUGUUUUGUAAACCUCUUUGUGAGGGCAGUACAUACAGGACUGUGAACGACAUGGACUUUUGGCAAAAAUAAACACAUUCUUCUGUUACACCAA